GGACAGAACCAAAGGCCCUGCAAGUAGAAUGUGACGGAGCAGCAACAGAUUCUCGUAUUUCUGCAGCGGACGCAACAUGCAUAAUAGUAAUGCCACGGCAAAAAUGGAACAGCUCGGCAGAUUUGACCACUGUGCAGCUUCCCAGUUUUAGCAAAUUCAGUCUGAUUGGUGUCAACGGAUCGUUCUCACUACCGAAGUUCUUUUCAACGAAGGCUAACGUGGAGAAAUUGUUCAUCUACGAAUCCAAUCUGCACGAGGUUGACCUUUUCCCGGUAUUGGAGAAUCUUCUUCUAUCCCAGGCUCACACUCGGAAGAUCGUAAUCGAUGCGGACCUUCAAUACGUUAUCCAUACGCUAGCCGUAGUGGACAACGAGCUGAGAAAUCUUCCACGUCGUAUCAAUCAACUGGUGCGUUUAAAAUCGCUUGAUUUGGCCAAUAAUCAGCUGGAGAAAAUAAAUCUUACGGAGCUCAGUGGAUUACGCGAACUUGAAACCAUUGACUUGAGUGCGAAUUACAUUCAGGAGCUUGAAAUCAGAACCAUCGAUCUUCCCAAUUUGCUCAAGCUAGAUUUAAGUCACAACGAGUUGAAGUCCAUUCCGAUGAAAACUGGCCGGUUACGAUCGUUGGAACAGUUGAUUCUGAGCCAUAAUAAGCUGGAAUACGUGGAAAUGAGUCGAUUCAAUGGGCUAUCUAAGCUAAAGGUAUUGGAUCUCAGAUUCAACGAUCUUCAAUUAGGAACCCUUACUCAAGUCUACCUGCCAGCUUUGGAAGUUUUGAGACUUGAAUCCUGCCGUCUCCAGCAACUGGAGCUACUAGGUAUGGAGACACCCAAACUAAACAAGCUACACGUCGAAGACAACAAACUGGAAUACCUUGAAAGCUACUUCAACGAUUCCUAUCAGGGCCCGGAGCUGGAACUGUACGGCGAUAGGAAUCCCUGGAGUUGCAGCUGGCUACAGGACAAGCAUCCCCGGGUCAAGUUCGUGGUGCAACAGGACCGUCAGACUUGCAGGCGAUUUGUGAAGAACGUUUGUUGUGUCGGGAGUGACUAUCAUUCGGAACGGAGAGCCGACCGGAGGUUGCUUGUAGUGAAGCAGCAGAAUUGGCAGAUUCAUAGGACACUUGAAAAGCAGCAGGAAGAUUUGCGAAGGAUUGAGGAUAACGUUGGGAUGUUAGGGAAGCAAAUAGCGAAAAUAGAUCGUACGUUUGGGGAAGUGAAGGAUUUGGUAAAACUGAUGUCGGCAAAAUUGAAUGCGGAUGAGUUGUAAGUUGAGAAUGCGAAACCGGAGAAUGUAAGAUACUCAUUUAGUUAUGUUUGAAAGAUAUUCAUAAUCUGUAAUAGAUCAACGCAUGUACGGAUUCUGUAAUACAGUCUACGGAAGAGUUUUCAGCUUAUGAGCUCAAUCAUUCUUCCAGAAUUCUAUAAAACUUCGCAUAAUUUUUUGCUAGGGACAAUGAACCAAGUUUGGGCUGGAAUUUGACGAUAGCCUAUUUUUUUUUCAAAUUGGCGUUUUUGAUAUUUUUCAAUAAAUCAUAGCACGAAAAUAGCGCUUGUUCGAAGCUUAUCAAAAAUGCUAACUUUUAUG